UGAAAUUUUAAAAAGUAAGGGACAUGAUCAUUCAUUCAAACAUAUUUUCACCGUUAGAUCAUGAUGUUGCUAUAUUCAAGACCCACCAAUAUACAAAAGAAUACAUCGCUUCAUCAUCAUCAUGUAACCACUUUUAGUUAUAAUGGAGGAAAUGGAGUUAUCUCCACCAUUUGAUCGCGAUGUUCAAUAUCUAUAGUCUAGAUCACACCCACAUACAAGAAAAGAUAUACCACAUAGUCAUCUACCCAAAUAGUUAUAACAGGAGAAAAUAGGUUAUUUGUUCAAACAUAUCUCCACCACUAAAUCAAGACGCUUCAUAUCUACGGUCUUGAUCACACAUUUACAUGAAAGAAUACAUUAUCUCACACGUAACUACUUUUACCUAAAUAGUUGUAACAAAUGACAAAAUAGAAAUUAUUAAAAAAAUGUAAAAGUAAGAUGGGGAUGAUAAGAUUCUCCACUCAAACGGGAUGUAUAGAAGGGAAGAACUAAUUGGAGGGAAAAGAAAAAGAAAUUUAUUUUGAUACCAUAAAUUCUUCUAUACUUCAUGUAUUUAGUCACCUGAAAAAGAAAUUCUUAUAUACUUCAUGUAUUUAGUAGUCACCUGAAUUAUUGACUGUACAAUUAUAAAUUUAUUCAACAAAAUACUCAAUUUGAUACCAACUAUAUCAAACUUCAAAAGAAUAUUGUCACGAAACAAUGUGACAUUGUUCAAGUCUUAGUUUGCACAUCUCAAAACUAUCAUAAUCAUUGGAAAAGAAACCUAUUAGAAUGUUGGACAAAGAUUGAGACUUAAAUGCCGACAUAAAGACAUUUCAAUGGAAAAUAGUCAUCAUCUUAAAAUAUAGAUCUUAGAUACAUUUUUUUUCUCUCAUUUAUUGACAUUAUGUGAAGUGAGGGAAUCAAGUUCGAGAUUGAUAGGAAAGGUACUAUAUCAAUUGAGCCAUGCUCAUUUAGGCGAACCAUUCAAUUUGUGUGUUAGAAGUUAUAAAAAUGUAUUAGAAAAGAAAUUAAAACUAAAUGUAAGAUAGUUGAUUAGUAUGAAAUGUAAAGGCAUGGGUUUAGUUUAGUUGUUAGGGGUGUUGUAUUAAAAAGAGAGUGUUUCGGGGAGGUGGUGUGUUUGAUUCAACAUUCAUCCCUUUUUUUAAAAAAAGAAAAAGAAACAGAAAUGAAAAUCCCGGGUUUUUCUGUGGUUCCAUUGAAAGAAGAAAAAAAAGGGGAAAAGAAUUCCAUUCAAAUCUCCCUAAAAUUCUCCAUCCUAAAAACUCCCCCAAAAAUUGUUUUCUCUUUCCCCCAAAAACUAUUGUAUUGUAUGUUCCCACGAUCCUAUGGCUUCUUCUUCUUCUUCUUCUCGUUCUUCAUUAAUCGCACUUAAUUUUUUGGUGUCUCAUUCCCCAAAUUUCUUCCCCAUCUUCUGUCGCCGGGUCCUUCAAUAACUUUGGAGGACCCAGCGUCCUCUUCCAUUACCAUUCUUCCCCCCAUUUCCAUGACAUUCCUUCUCUUCUUCUUCUUUGCCAAAUCCACUGCUCCUUGAUUUUUUUUUUUUUUUUUUUUGUUAUUAUUAUUAUUAUUAUUUGGUUUUUUGUAUUUUUUUUCCAGAUCUGGGGGAUUUAAUUGAAGCAAGAGAAAGGAGUUUGAAAGGAGGAGAAUGAUGAGUUGCUUUCCGUGUUUUUCGUCUCAGAAGAGCAAGAAAGGGAUUGAUAAGAAUAAUAAUAAUAAUAAUAAUAAUAAUAAUGACAAUUCUGAAUCGUCUUCCUCCUCCGGCCACCGCACUCCUCCGCCCCCAAAGUCCCCUGAGGUUAAAUCAAAGCCUGUUGAGGAAAUCAAGGACAAACCACAAGAAGGUGAAAAAAUAGAUGCCCAGAACUUCACUUUCCGAGAGCUAGCCACUGCUACAAAGAAUUUCCGCCAGGAAUGUCUUUUGGGUGAAGGUGGGUUUGGGAAAGUCUUUAAGGCUACCCUUCAAAGUGGCCAGGUGGUGGCCGUGAAGCAGCUCGAUAGAAAUGGGCUACAAGGAAACAAGGAAUUUCUUGGUGAGGUUAAGGCACUGAGCCUUCUAAAGCAUCCAAAUCUUGUGAAGUUUAAUGGAUAUUGUGCAGAUGGAGAUCAAAGAAUUUUGGUCUAUGAAUAUAUGCCAGGAGGUUCUUUGGAAGAUUGUCUCUUUGAUAAAAAAGAAGAUCGGAAGCCAAUGGAUUGGUUUGUUCGUAUAAAAAUAGCAUCAGGAGUUGCUAAGGGAUUGGAAUACCUGCAUGACCAAGCAGAUCCUCCCAUAAUAUUUAGAGACUUGAAGUCAUCAAACAUCUUGCUAGAUGAAGAUUUCAAUCCAAAGCUUUCUGAUUUCGGGCUAGCGAAGCUUGGCCCCGGCGGUGAUAAGUCGCCAUUGCCAUCGAGGGUCAUGGGGACCUACGGCUACUCUGCUCCUGAAUACACAAGAGGUGGUCAGCUUACUUCCAAGUCUGAUAUUUACAGCUUUGGAGUUGUUAUGCUUGAACUCAUUACUGGAAGAAAAGCCAUUGACACUACAAAGCCAAAUAACGAGCAGAAUCUUGUUGCUUGGGCACAACCAUUUUUCCGAGAUCCAAAGAGAUUUCCAGACCUGGCAGAUCCGCUCCUCGGGCGGUUGUUCCCGGAGAAAGAUCUGAAUCAGGCCGUCGCCGUUGCUGCCAUGUGUCUGCAAGAGGAAGCAGAAGUCCGUCCUCUGAUCGGCGACGUCAUGACGGCUCUCAGUUUCCUUUCCACAGUUCCAGACGAGAAUCUCCGUCCACUUCCUUACCCGCCGGAGCCGGAACCCGAACCUGAGGAGGAGAAUCAAGAUGAUGAUUAUUCCUCUUCAGAUUCUUCAGAUUCCGAUACCGAAUCUCGAAAAAUCGGAAAAGACAAAGACAGCGCAUCUGCAAAUUUCACAAGCGCAAGAAACCACGAAACAGAUACCUCAGAUGAUGAAGAUGAACGAGAAGGAAAAAAAAGCAAAUCAGGCAAGAAAAAAGCGAAAAACAAAGAAUCUGAACAGAAACGAGUCGUAUUCAAAGACGAUAUACAACCACCGCCAAAUCACACCAGAAAAGAUAGCUCCUCAUCAAGCGAUGGAGGCUCUUCACCUAGAAGCAGCAACGCAUCGGAAAAUAGAAGAAUCGACAGCCUUGAAAGUAGCAGAGAUUCAGAAGGAGGAGGAGAUUCAUCGUUCAAACUGCAAAACGAACCUUCCGAUAAUGUAAAUAUUAACGAUUCUACAUUAGAGCAUACCAGCAGUAGGGAAUCGCAUACUGGCAACGAAGAAUUCGAAGCUCAUAAUAACUACAGCAGCGAUUCCGACGACGGCUCUGAACAUGGCGGCGAAGAAUGAGAAAUUUGGGGGGAAAUCUGAAGAAGACCAA